AUGGGGAGUCGAACUGGCGCCGCCGCCCAGGAGAGCAGCAACAGCAACACUGAGCGCCAGGGCCAGUCGACGCUGCAACGCCCCCAGAUGCCCGCCUCCAUGUCUGCACCCGCUGGCCGCCUGCCCCGCCUACUGCCCGCCGACCUGUCCUCGUACACAGACUCGUACCUGCCCACGGCUGCCAUACCGCCCUCGGCCACUUCCCUCGCUGAACUCGCCCAUCUCAUCCGCCUCCAGGGCUACCAGGAGCAGCGAAAAGCCCACUCGCGCGUCCGCCUGCACCGCUGGCUUGUCUCCAGCGCCCUCUCCGCACGUCUGGUACAUUGCGGCGAGCUCUCCUACCGCUCGCUGGUAGAUAGCUUCCGGUCGGAUGACAAAAAGGCCUUUGCCGCCCUGUACAACGCCCUCAACGAUGUUCGCAACUCGUGCGACGCCACACGCCAGUAUGCCCUGCUGGAGCCCGACCUGGAGUUUGGCAAGUCCAAGAACAUGCGGGGGGAGAAGCCCCUCACUUCCUCGACCUUUCUCAACGAGGUGCCGUCCAAGAUUCUGGACGACCUCCUAGAUUUCAUUUCCGAAAUUCGUACCAAUCCUGACUUUCUUGCUACCCGUAUUUCUAAUCUUUCUCCGCAAGAGCUCGCUGCUCUUACGUCCUUUCGUCAAGCCAUGGAUCCUAUAGACUCCGUCUCGGCCUUUCAGACACCCCGCGGCAGGAACGUCGGGCCCCAGAGGCAGAAUCAACAAGGAUCAAGCCCGGUGGAGCGUCUUCUGUCCUUCCAGCGCCAUGAUCCCCUCUCAGCUCUCAUCUACACCAUCUUUGCCAACUCGUCGGGUCCGGAUUCCGCCGAGGAUCUUCGCCGUACUGAUGUUUGGGCUACGGUUUGCGCCAAGCUGAUCAAGGACACAAAGUCCAGCCACAACUUCAUCCGGACUGUACUGGACGUCUGGGCGGGCAUGCGGGAAUGGCCUGGCAAAGCCAACUUGGAGCUUUACAUAAUGCAGGUCCUUCAGGAUGGCCAGUUUCUGCUCGAAAAGGCAGAGGAGCCCGCUACGCACGGAAUCAUGAUUGGACACCACAUUAGCGAGCUGGCCCGCAUGAAGAUCCUCAAGGAAGUUGCUGUCCGAGCACAGAAACACGUCACGGACAUGACCUACAAUUGGUAUAACUCUCUCCAUGCCGGCUCCGAUCAAAUUUGGCUAACUGACGAUAGGCGGGCUCAAGUGCCCGUGCUCCCGGAAAUCCGCACACACAUUGAGAACAUCUUGGCCCGGUUCAAGCACACCAAGACUCCAUCGAAGCCUAUCCUGCUUCCCGCCAAAGCCAUCACUUCGCCGCGGGAAACAGUCGAAGUUCAGCCUUUUAUUGUCCUUGCUCCUGCGGACAUUAUCACCUUGGUCAACGCCCUUUUCCCGGAGCGCCGUCCUUCAUCUAGCCAUAUGGAGACUGACAGCCAGCGCCAUACCGGGCUGGCAUCCUCUGCCUCGUCAAUGUCUGGAAUGUCUGUCCCGUUCCGCAAUGCGGCCGCUUCAAUGACAGACGCAAGUUCAAUCCUUAGUGCCAGUGCUUCAUCCAUGACAAGCGACCAGACCUCGCGAGAACCACUAUUGGAUAACAUCUCCACAACCACGGAACAGCAGAUUGACGUCAAGCCCGCACCCACAGAGCUCUACGGAAGGCGUCUGCGCAUGUCAUGCUCCGAGAUGACUCGCAUUCUCGGCUACGAAGCGACUGCCGGCUCGUGUCACCCAUGUGCUGAGCGAUGGGCUGUACUCUACAUCUCCGCGGACGGCAAGCAACUGAAACCGCGUAUGCGUAAAGAUUUCGACGACGAAGAUGAGCAUGACGAAGACUCUCCGGACAGCGACAGCAGCGACGAUGAAGGCACUGCGGACAGAUUUGAUCUUGGCAGCGACUAUCAUCAGCUCAAGGAAGCCAUCGCCAAGCUCGUGGAGGAAUACGAAAUCCCGAAAGAGUUGGCACCAGACAGCGAAUCCAAAAACUUCAGCAACCGGAUGACGACGCGCAAGAGCAAUCGCGGGCGCGGUCCCGUACGGAUUGCUAGCGAGAACCUUGGAUCUCGCAACCCAUACAACGCAACCCAGAGUCAAAGUCAGCUUACCAACAUGAUUGCUAGUCAAAGAAACGUCUCCUCCAGACGCUCUCCCCAUAUUCCAAGAAGCCACAGCAACCCGCAGGUUGGCGAGAAGCAAGAGAACAACUCUGUUCUUGUCACCAUGCUCGAGACGGCCAUGUACCAGUGCCAAGCUCGGUCUGACUUUGUCAAUGCGCACAUGUACUACAAGACACUUCAAAGUUUACGAAGACUCAGCUCUCCGACACUGGUCAAGAACGGAUAUGCUACGCUGCUCAACUACUUCUCGCGUGGCCCAAGGGACCUGCUCAGCAAAGCAGCGAAUGCCAUUGAGGAAUUCGAAGCAUGGUUCGUGUGGCUCAAGCAGUCUCAGGAGCGAUCAGACGGCAUGGUUGAGGAGAUGAUGCUCGAAUUCAAGAACCUACGGGACAAGAUGUGGUACGUCACAGAUGUCCGUACAUCGAAGCCAUACGAGGACGCCAGGAACGUUGCGCUUGCUCUCAAGAUUAUGGACCAACAAGCAAAGGCCCUCAAUACCAAGGGCCCCUCUGCUUUUCGGUCGCGGACUGCCAACAGCUUCUUGCGAACAAAUGAAGCUCAGCUUGUCGAUCUCAUGUCUGCCUCGCAAGACUUUGGCGGUCCAAACAAGCUGUCGGACGAGCAGUCAGAGAUUACACUGAAGUGGCUCAUGCAGUACGGCGUAGAGAACUUCUGCAAAGGCGAGGAGCGGAUCCACCGAUUCUGCCUCGAAGUCGACAAGUGUGUCACCAAAGUCAUUGGCGAAGGUGUCCUGGAUGGACCCGUCCUUUGGGCCAGUGACUUGUACAAACGCGACCAGCAAAUCCUUGAGAGCGGACGGCAAAAAGGCGAUCUGUUCCUGACAGGCGUCGGUACUCUGUCCAUUGCGGGCGACGAGGAGUACGAGACGCACGGUCGACCUGGCUCGCGCACCCUCGAUUUCUCGCAACGGCCUAGUCAAGGCAGCCUGCGUUCCACAUCCAACCGCAAUGGCUCGUCCGGCUUCGAGCACAGCCCUUGGGGCAGGAACCCGAUGGAUUCCCACGACUACUUUGGUGGUUCAUCUCCCGUUCUUCCAUUGACUCCGUCGCGACCUUUUGGUCGCCGUUCCAGACACAAGCGCAGUCGCCUACCAACGCCACCAGCAUCCGUCCACGUACCGCAUCAUCAUCAAAGGACACUUACCGGUCUCUUACUGAGUGAUUUGGGAACCAUGGUGUUCGCCAACGGUAGCGAGACGGACUCUUGGUUUGGCGGCGAUAUCCUCGACGACUGCAUCGAGCGCAGGGAUGAGGAAGAGCGAAAGCGCAGGAAGCAGCUGGCCAAGAAGAGCAUGAAGAACAUCCGAAAGCAGACACCCGACCAAAGGAACAUGCCUUUGGAAGCGCUUGGUCGCAACGAGCGCAGUUCCCCUGCGCCACCUGUUGCAACUUACCAGCUUGCAGCACCUGAUGCUCAUCACUCAGCUGGCGAGCACUCUUCCACUUCAAGCGACGCAACCUCUCGCUCAGCAGGCAACACCACCGCGAAAAAGGCUGGGCUGCUCGAGUUCCCAUACAACGUCGCAUUCAGAAGACUACUAGGCAGAUUCCAGACACACCCGAACCCCUACUCCAAGCUUCACGCGCUCUAUGAGCUGGAGCUCUUGAUCAUUGCUUCAUUGUCAUCACGUACAGGCAAGUCGUACAACAACCGCCGAGAGACACUUCCUCCGGUUCCUCAGUCGCCAACCCUCGGCGCUAUGCCCGAACUCAGCUCCCGUGAGCCAGCCACACAGACGUCGCGCGCACAAAACCUCGAGGAAGCGAUUGCAAACUGCGAGGAGCGCCGCUCUCAGAGCAUGAAUGUAGAUCGCGUAAGUAACGAUUCCCCGCUGCCCCGCAAUGGCGCACGCUCUCCUGUCGGACCGCCAAGCACAGACAUGAUUGUCGAGGUCAUCCAAGGCCUACUCCGGGAUUCCAACAUCCGACCCAAGACGCUCUUCAGAGAUUUACAAUACAUUGCUUCGUUUGUGCCUGCGCAAAUGCUUGACAAGACUGCCCGAGGCAAGGCAUUCUGGGAUGUCGGUCUUGCCGCACUAGGCCUGAAGCAAGACGUGUGCCGCAUCAUGGUCGAGCUUGUGGAUGAAGUCAUCACCCAGAACUCGAAGCGCGAUGCAGGAAAGGCCAACACUGGCACGACUGAGAAGUCGGGUAUACCAAGCGCUCUACCAACUCCAGCCGAGGAGCCAAUGUCCAAGUACACCAUGGAGGAUGCCGCUCGCAUGCUUCUCAUCACCGCCAAAGAAGGCGACGCAGUUGCCGAGCGUGAACUCGCAAUCUUCUACCUCACCUCACCCGAGCUGGUCCAUCGCACCGUGCUCCCGCUCACCAAACCCAGCGAGGUUUUCAAGACGGAGCUGCUCAACCGCGAGAGAAGGGCGUCGCAAGACCCCGCUCGCAGUGAUCCCAUGACCAUGUGUGUCGCUCAGCACUGGAUGGAGCAAUCGAUGCGCGGCGGCGACCACCUUGCCGCCAAGUACCUGCGCCAGCGUAGCGAACUCGAGAGCAUCAACCCAACGAGGGCAUAG